AUCAAAAAGGAAUUAAUAAAUAAUAAAAAGUUAGUUACAAUUUUAGUGAAUGGUUCUUGCAAAUAAUAGUAUUUUGUGGUUGAAAUGAUUUGAUCGCCGGCAGGAACUAAUCAACUUUUUUGCCAAAACCAAAGCAGACGGGAAUGAAAAAUAGUUGUUCAUUAACGAUUUGUCCGAAAUAUCGUUCUUGAAACUCGCUACUGCUCACUAAAUUUGUAAAAAUCAAAUUUUUUCACUUAAUUGUUAUAUUUCUUCAUUGUGGUAAAUUUCCACAGCAGCUGGCUGUCAAACCGAAACCAAAAAAGAUACCAGAACAUUCAGGGCGCAAUCUUUUUCUAUGAUUAUGGCACUGGGGCCCUAUUCUAUAACUCGAUUCGAAAAUAAAUUUGCUCGAAUUCGGAUUUUUUGUACUUGGUAACUCUAUUUUCGCAUUUGCAAUUCUAAUUUCGAAAACUGGCAACUAUGUAACUCGAAUUUGAAUGUCAAAUUCAUUCGAUCUUCGCAAAUAAUACUCGUUAGCGUUUGAGCUGUAGAAACGGAAUACUAUUUGAAAAAUGGAUUCAUCCAGCAAAAGCCAGCAUACAAAACAAAGCCAAUUUGGAAUUAUGGUGGAAUUCAUGGAAUCGCAUCCAAGUUUGGCCAAAGGCUACAUAAAGUGCGCUGAUGCUAAGCAAACUUCCAAGAAUUUGUGGGGACGGCUGACGGAAGAGUUAAAUGGAGAUGGACCACCUACGCGGGAUGCAUCUUCAUGGAAAAAGGUUUGGGCGGAUUACAAGACCCACCUCAAAGCCAAAGUUCGCAAAAAUAAGUUGCACAUGUCCGGAACUGGUGGUGGCCCUGCAAAAAUUAGUUCCCUUAAUUCGGUGGAGUUAAGGGCAAUGGAGUUGUUGCAAAUAAAUGAAGCAGUAGAUGGAAUAGCCGGUGCUCAAAAAUUCGGUGCAGGAAGUGAAGCCACAAACAGCAACGAAUGUGAAACUGCUCCAACCACUCCUCCUUCCUAUUCCCUGGUGUCACCCAAUUGCAGUACGGUGCGGUCCCGAACUCAAAGC